ACCGUUGUUUUCGAAAAAGCGGCGGUUUGGGUUUUUAGCAUCUCAACGAGCGCUUUGGCCAUGCAGCCUCAGCAGUCUGCAAAGGAGCAAGGGCUUCUCGGCCAACUCUGUGCUGGAGACAAGAAACUGGAGGGGAAGACCUUCUACCUCGACAAUGUGAAGAAACGCUCAACCACCCUGCUGCUGGAGGCCAUUCCUCUGUUAGGAGGGAAGGUUGAGAGCUUCCUGCAUAAAGAUGUCACCUUUGUUGUGACUGGAAGCCAGGAGAAUCUAAAAGAGGAGAAGAAAGGUGAAGAAAAAGGGACAAACGAAAGAAGCCAGCAGCUGACAAAGAAGCCGGAUAAUUGCCUCAGCAAAGACAAACUUCCAUCGGUGAAUCCUCGACUGAUGGCUUGUGGCAGCCGGGGGAAGGCUCUUCUUGAAAAAGCCAUGUGCAACAACGAAUUGCAGCAGAGGAGCAGCGUGUUGUCCAACGCGCGAUCAUGGGGGGUCAAGAUUUUGUAUGUGGACGAUCUCCUUUUAUAUCUGAAGCAUUUGAGUCGAGAGAGCUUCAGCACUAAACCCAAAAGGCCUGAAAAGUCAUCCACCAAACAAAGUGUGACUGCUGUCAAAGCCACAGCUUUAAGAGCUCCGUAUCUUAAAAUUGAAGACGCAAACCGGAAGUACAAGCCUCUGCACAUGCAGUCUGUGGCUUUUCCUUCUCUGUACUUCUUGGGUCGAUUCAGUCCCUUCGAAUCUCCUCCUCCUCCUCUGUUUGGGCAAGGAAACGAUAAAAAGAGGGAAAAUAAAGUUGAAAACAACUCAAAGAAAAAGUCUCCGACCCAGCUGAGCUGCAACCCGUCUCCUUGGCGGCCGCGCAGAAAAGACGCUUCCUACUGCGAAUGUUGUCAUGAAACAUUUGCGAAUCUGGAGGAACAUUUGCAGUCGGAUGCGCACCGUUCGUUUGUUCUUGACCCUUCGAACUACAAAUCCGUGGAUCAGAUUGUGGCUGAGAUGCUUCCAGGAUUCGACCCAAACCCGCCUCAGCAACCAGAACAAAGUAGAGCAUUGACUCCUCUGCCUGUCGAUGAACUUGAACUUUGCACUGAUGCUGAAGUGGAGGACGCCUUUGAGGACCUCAAAAGAGACGAUUCUCACACAGCAGAUUUAAAAUUUACAAGCCGAAAUGUUUCUUCUGACCUGGCUGACGCUCACGUCCAGCCGGAGGCGACCAGCCCGACGAUGCCUGUCCUCACCAUCGAACCUCUGGACCAACAGCUGGACACUCCAUGUCUCCUCCCAGAUCCGUACUCCCUGCCGCCGGUUCUCAGCCCACAGGUUCCCCACUCCCACAGCAUCAUGGAUCCACACAACCUGUAUCCAGAACCCCCCAUUCUCAGUCCUCAGAAGUUUAACUCAGAGGAAACACAUGGAUUACAGACGUAUGGGUCAGCUCUUCUGCUGUCGUCGUUACUUCCUGUGGGUUCAGAUGGUUUGGAGGAAGAGAAGGGUGUAAAGUUUCCCACUCUGCCUUCCAGUAGAUGGAGUUCAUUCCCUCGAUUGUCCGCCGCGGCACCAAACCCCAGGAAGCGCUGCAGGUCGGCCAGCCCCGAACACAGGAGCAGCAAGAAGAGGAGGAGGACUGAGAACGGAUGCUUCCUGUUGAAACCACAAACUGACAACAUGGCGAACGCUGUGGAUCGUUUAUCAUUUGAUCCAGUACGACGACGUUUCCCCGAGAAGCUCAGCUCAUUUUCCGUCGCUCAGAAUUUCACUUCAUCUCUGUUUCAAAUGGAUUCAGCAGACUUCGAUUUCCCUGGAGACGAUAAAAAAACUCCAGUGGCGAUCUCAAAUCGAGACUCUGAGUGUAUCGAGCCGGCGCUCAUCCCAGACCUGGCAACGCGCGGCGUGGAGUCGUCAGACUCCGACUGGGACCUCGGCCUUCUGUCGGCGGCGCCACCAGCGAGCGGCGAGCUCGACAAGGAGCUGCUCCACCGGCCGUGUCCCUGGAUGCAUGACAGCAGCUACGAGUCGCAUCUGCACACCGUCCUGCAGCCGGCGGCGCUGUGCGGCGAGGACGUCGACCCGGCGACCUUUUCCAGAACUGUGGUGCAGAUUGUUGAGGUUCAGCACUGAGAUUUUGGGUUUUAACGUUUUGUUUCUAGUAACUGGAUGGAUUUGAUGAAAUGUGAAAUGUUUUUACACUGAAUAAAUAUUUAAGU